AUGUCCAGAAAGGUAACAGGAAAUCUCGGAGGUCAAAUAGUUAUACUUAUACCUAUAGCCUUAUUUGGAAUUGUACAAGUAAAUGCUCACCAGGUUAGUGUGCGUGUAGGUGUAACUAUAGCUGCGGGUCCUGAUGGAGGCCCUGUGAUUCGAAUGGUUAGCUGCGCUGCUAGUGUAGGAUUUGUAGAUGUAUUUAUACAGAAUGGGGGUCUAGUUGGUGAUAUUGCUAACGCUCAUUUUAGGGGAAAAAUUAGCGAAAUGGUUAGACAACAAAUUCCCGGCCAGCUUUGCCAAAGAUUGCCAGGAAUAAUUGAUUCUGAAGUCAACUCAAAAAUAUCGCAAUUAGUUCCAAGACUGAUUCCUCUCUCAUCAUUGCUGCAAAUUGCCCUAAAUGCUUUUGGUUUAGAGAAUUUAUUGGGUGGAAACCCUACUAAAAGAGCCUGCCCCGCUUCAUGCAAGAAACGAAAGCUGGCAGCUGCCCAUGCAGCAGGAUCAUCUUCCAACUCAACAGUGCUUGUAUUACCUCCCCAUUCAUCACAUGAUAAAUUAGUUCCAACAAAAAAUGGUGGAAGAGUUAUUAAAAACAACGAAGAUCCUUCACUAAAAUUGAUCAGUGGAACAGCAAUAAAUGGAAACUCGAAUGGGCAAAUAUUAUCUAGGCCUUCGAAUCAUCCUCCUCAUGCUGUACAACCUAUUAAACCGCAGCAUAUUGGGAGGGGAACUCUUCCAAGAGUUGUUUCAAUUAACGUUGCUGGGACUAUGAAUACUGGAAGGACUAGAAUUAAUCCACCAACAAUAGCUGCACCAAUCCCUCCCCGCGCACAGAGACCCGUUCGAAACGUUAACAAUCAAUUUGAAAUGGCAAAAACUCGAGAUGACCGUGCUACUCCUUCAGAAUCUGGGAGACUAACAUUUUUAGAUCCAGGAGAAAAUAAUUGCGAAAAUUGUACAAACACUGUUGGAGAAGAAAAUCCGUUAGCGUUUUUAACUACGAUAUUACAAUCUAUGGAUUUGGUUGGUUUGAAAAGAAACUUUAAAUCAGAAUUUUAG